AUGUCAGCAGUCAUCUUCAUCAAAUCAACCAACUCAGAACUCAAACCAACAAUCAAUCUUGUUUGUGCAAAAACCAAGGUUGCACCUCUCAAGAAGAUCACCAUUCCAAGGCUGGAACUUACUGCAGCGCAAUUACUAACUCGACUGAUGGUUUACACUCAACGGACGCUGGACUUAUCUCAUGCAUCAGUUUACAUGUGGACAGACUCACAGGUGACUUUAAAUUGGAUCCAAAGUUACCCAUCACGUUGGAAGGACUACGUACGACAUAGAGUAUCAUUCAUCCAAGAACAACUACCUUAUGCUCAUUGGCGGUUCAUCAAAGGGAAAGAAAAUCCAGCAGAUUGCGCAUCUCGGGGAUUGUCAAUCACACAACUCAAAACUCACAAUCACUGGUGA